UUUAUUGUCAGGUUUCGUAGACCCUUGUCUUGUUCUGUGUAAUUCUAUAGUGAUUUUAUCAAGAGAAAUAGUGUUUAUUAUACAAAACCAUGGAGCCUAAUGAGAUAAAGCAGCUCAUAAAGAUAUUUGAAGCACGCACGAAUUUGACGGAUUUGGAGGAUGCGGUAAUAACAGUGGAGGCUGAGUCAAAUAGUGACGGUGUAGUUCCCGCAAACGAAGCCGAGCCCGCUGCGUCUACGAGCAGCCCUGCCGCAGAGCUAGAGGCUCUGAUCGAGCGAUUGGAGCGAGUUACCUCGCGGUUGGAGCGACUGCCGCUGCUGCGCGCGAGCACUCCCACCCCGCCUCCUUCGCCCGUGUCAUUGACACCGUCAGCUGCUCCGCCGCCACCGCCGCCGCCGCCGCUACCUGAGCCUGAAGUGUCAGAAAGCAUGAGUGUCAACGGGUAUCAAGACCUCUUGCAGGGUCCUCUUCGGACUUACAUCCAAUUGUCCCAACAGAUUGGCGGCGAUGUUGCUAACCACGCCAACUUGGUGAACGCUGCUUUUCAGGCACAGCUACGUUAUAUUCAACAAGCGGCAGCACGUAGUAAGCCAGCACAGUCCGAGGAAAUGCAGUUGCUAGCCCCUACGAGCGAACAGAUCAGUGCUAUUCAACAAUUCAGGGAAAAGAAUCGCGCGUCGCAAUUUUUCAAUCAUCUUUCUGCGAUAUCGGAGAGUAUUCCAGCUCUGGGGUGGGUGGCUAUUGCUCCUACUCCAGCUCCGUACGUGAAAGAGAUGAAUGAUGCAGGACAGUUCUAUACGAACCGCGUGCUCAAGGACUGGAAAGAGAAGGACAAGAGGCACGUGGAGUGGUGCCGAGCCUGGGUACAGCUGCUGUCGGAUCUCCAGGCUUACGUAAAGCAACACCACACCACUGGCCUUGUAUGGUCGGGAAAAGGUGGCGCCCCCCCUCCGCCCCCACCGGGUGGUAUGCCGCCCCCACCCCCGGUGUUGCCCGAAGUGGACUUCUCGAACAUGUCUUUGGACGACCGCAGCGCACUCUUCGCGGAGAUCAAUCAAGGAGAAAAUAUUACCAGCAACCUGCGUAAGGUAACCUCGGACAUGCAGACUCACAAGAACCCUCAGCUGCGCACGGGCCCUGCGCCCUUCAAGGCGGCAACGCGCGGAGCUCCCCUCAAACAAUUGCCUCAGCCCGGAGCUGGCACUCUGCCGGAUAAGCCGCCGGUGUUCACACGCGACGGCAAGAAGUGGCUCAUUGAAUACCAGAAGGGCAACUCGAAUCUGGUCGUCGAGAACGCGGACAUGAACAACGUCGUGUACAUGUUCCGAUGCCGCGACUCGGCGCUCACGGUGCGCGGCAAGAUCAAUGGCGUGGUGCUCGACUCUUGCACUAAGUGCGCCGUCGUGUUCGACAACCUCGUCUCCAGCAUGGAGUUCGUCAACUGCCAGUCUGUGCAGAUGCAGGUGUUGGGUAAGGUGCCGACUAUCUCCAUCGACAAGACGGACGGUUGCCAGAUCUAUCUGUCGCCGGAGUCACUGGGCGUGGAGAUCGUCAGCUCCAAGUCUUCAGAGAUGAACGUGCUCAUGCCUAAGGGCAACGGCGACUAUUCUGAGCACCCCAUACCGGAACAGUUCAAGACGGUGCUCAACAAAGGUGCCGGGUUGACCACCACGCCGGUGGAGAACAAGGGCUAAUUGCCCCUCCCCCACCCAAUCAUCGCCUCACGCCCGGGAACGCAUUUUGGCUUAGAUAGUUUUCGGAACUCUUACGAAUGUUGUUCGCCUUCGCUUAGUUAAUCUUAGUAAUUUGCCCAAGUUCUUUUGUAUGCAGGAUUGAUUUGUCAAGUGAUUAGCAGACUUCUUCAGUUGCUACGUGGGUUUUGGUACUUGUAGAAAACUACGGUCGUCUCGUUUGGUAUCUAUACGUAUAUUUGACAGUAGCGUUGCAGUUUACGCUGAAGGGCUGCUUUGUAAUUUAUAAAGGAAAACGAGGCGAUUUUAGUUUUCGGAUAAAUUUAAAAUUUUAUGUCUCUGGUAAUAUGAUCCGAUCUACGAAGCGAAGACGAGCAACAUUUUCCUUGGAGUAGUAUGUAAUCGCUCGCAAAUUCCAAACAACCGUUUCAUUCAUUGGAAUAAAAUCAAAAACUGAUUAUGCUCUCCGCGCUCUUACAACGUGUGCACGAUUGCGUGGAAUUUGCCAGCGCAUAUAGGAAUAAUUCAUAAUUAUUAACGAGGCGAGCGAGAGUUUCUUGAAUUAGGUACUGUUAAUGUUAAAAUAUUUUGCACGGUCUAGUUCAAUAUUAGUUCACUGCGGCGGCUCGCCUCGCGUACUACUUUGGAGCACAAAUUCAUCAUGUUACUGUAAGUGGCGGUCUGUUCUCGGGUUUAUACCCAUUUUUAUCAUCAUCACCAUCUAAAGAGUUGUCGACUUCAUUUCUGCUCAUUUUGCUCGAUCCUAGUAUUUAAAAGUGUAACUCUAAUAUGACGUAGAGAUAACUAUUAUUAUAACUCGUGUAUUUACUGGCCUUUAAAUUAUUAUGUAAAGAUGUUCCUUACAUACAUACACGUUUUUGAGAUUUUAAUUUUUGACAUUACUUAUAUUGAGAUAGUGCGAGCUCUGGAGUACCACCAGGUACGGGAUUAGUUAAGUUAGUUGUAAGUCGUGUGAUUGUCUCAAUUUUUUAACGAUUGCUUUCUUGACUUCCGCUGUUUGUAAUCAGUGAUUCUUAAAACCCCUGCAGUCUUUCUGACGAGUCUCUUGUUCUUUUUUACGCUAAUUUCAGACUAACAAUUAUAUACUUUUUUUAUUAUUAUUUUUGUAAGCAAAAGCAUUAUCGUCAGUUAUUAUCGGAAAAUACAUUUUUUUUAAUUUAUGAUUAUUAUUGUCGUGUAUUGAUUUGAAGUAUUAAUAAUAAAUUAGUCAC